GCCCAACAAAGCCAUAAAACACGCCCCAAAAAGGUCGCUGGUGGAGUCCCAGCCGCCUUCAGACAGAGCUCCUCAAGCCGCUCGAAGCUGCGGCCUCGUCGACUGCCGGCGGCAGCAUCGUUACCUUGAGCCAAAACCCUGCCUCCUGCACACCAGGCAGAGGCUGCCCAAAGCCAUGGCCUCCUUCUUCCCCACAUCCACAACAGAAUGCUACGUCACGAAGCACGUCAGGAACAGCGAAAUCCUAGAAAACAAUUGUUUUGAAUACGGCGGCGCGGACGUCGCCGGGCCGCGGUGCCGGUUCGCCGCGAAUUGUAUCCUGUUGAAGGUCUUGUACAUCGGGCUGGAGCCGUACAUGCGCGUGUUCUGCGUGACGGGCAAGGAGCCGGAGUGGGACGUGGGGCGGGUGCCGCGCGGCAAAGUUAUUGGUGAGGUGCUGCAGUCAAAUGUCCCAUGGAUCUCAAUAGGCAUGAAAGUAAAGGUGACGGCGCCCUGGCGGACCUACACCUGGGUCGAGGUCACGCCGCGAGUGCUGGUGGAGGAGCUCGAUAACACGGUCCCUCCGGAACUUUAUCUGGGCUUGGCCGGGUCGGGCGGACGGACGGCUCGACUCGCGCUCGAGAAGCUCGUGAAGCCCCAAGCGGGCCACGUCGCCCUGGUGACGGCGGCGGCGUCGUGUGUGGGGUUAGCUGCGUGCCAGCUGAUGCGCAUGGAGGGCGUGACGGUGCUUGGGAGCUGCGGCUCGGAGCGCAAGGUGACGUUGUUGAAGAAAUUGGGCGUCAAGGCGUUCAACUACAAGACGGAAAAUGCAGACGAGGCCCUCGCGCGCCUGGCACCAACCGGUCUCGACUUUUUGUUCGACAACACGGCGGGGAGAGUGAGGACCGCUGCGAUCAAGAUUAUGAGAGGCGGCGGCGUGAUCCUGACUUCCGGACGCAUCGCGCGCUACGACGCGUUCGGCGGCCCGGCGGGCGGCGACGAGGCGCUGGAGAAACAAAUUAUUUACGAGAACUGCCUGCACGACUACGGGCAGUUCUUCGUGGGCCACUUCUCGGGCGACUUCGUAGAAUGCACGAGUCAUAUCAUCCGUCUGUACAAGCGCGGCCGUCUCAAGAACUUCGACACGAUCGUCGACGGGUUCCAUAACCUCGGCGAGGCAUUUGCUGGUAUUUUCCGCGGGAAAAACGUGGGACGGACCAUCGUCCGGCUCUACGACGACGCGGGAGCAUUUUUCGAAGCGCCGGCCCCGGAUGCCCCGGCGCCCGCGCCCGCCCCGGCCCCCGCGCCGGCGCCGUGGCGGGUGGACGUGCGCGUGGCGUCCGCGCCGGCGCCGCCGAGCCCGCUGUACGCCGCCGAGGCGCCGGUGCCCGGACCCGCGCCGGCAUAAGUACCUGUGACAAACUACAUAUUUACUACUAGGCUUAAAAAGACAAGAUAAU